GUAGUGACGACUGGGAAUAUGGAGAUACAAAGGGCCUGUCUGAGUACAGGGUUUGUCUGAUGAAGGAUGUAUCUGCUGGUCCUCGUUCACAUCUUGCAAUCCACUCUGUUGGCGGUCCACUCCUGUCCAGCUUUAUGUGCCUGCACGUAUGGGAACAGUGGAAUAGCAGAGCUCAGGUUGGUGCAGUGCAGUGACUCUGGAAUCUCAGCUGUUCCCAUUAAUGUCCCAGCUGACACAGUCAAACUGCGUCUAGAGAAGACCUUGAUCUCCAGGGUGCCACGGGCAGCCUUCUACAAUCUUUCAGAGCUGCGGUUCUUGUGGCUGACCUACAACUCCAUUACAUCCAUUCACCCCAGCAGCUUUGUCAACCUGAAGGCCUUGCGGGAGUUGCGUCUGGAUGGAAAUCUCCUGACAUCCUUCCCCUGGGAGGGGCUCAGAGACAUGCCCCGCCUCCAGACUCUGGGUCUCCAUAAUAACCGUCUGUCCAGCCUUCCUGCCCAUGCUUCUCUCUUUCUCCCCAACAUCACCUACCUCGACCUGUCCAGCAACAGGUUGACUAUAUUACCUGCUGAGCUGCUGGACCUUUGGUUUCCCCUCCCAGGACAACAGGGAGGACCAGUUCAAAGAAGAAUUUUGGGCCUCCAUGACAACCCCUGGUUGUGUGACUGCCAGAUCUCCAUGGUGAUGUCUUUGUCCAUGUCCCUGGGGAGUCCUGUAGUUCUCAUGGACCAGCUGCUGACAUGCAUCAGGUCACUGGGCCAGUCAGGGAUGCUGCUGAGCCAGGCUGAGCUGACCCGCUGUAUGAGGCCUUCAGUCCAGCCUGCAGCCACCAGAGUCAUCUCUCCACUCGGCAGCAACGUAAUCCUUCGUUGUGAUGCCACCGGCUAUCCAACGCCAACCCUGACCUGGAUCAAAACCUCAGCCUACACUGAUUGUUGCCAAGAAGACAUCCUUGAGAACUCUGACCAGCUACCCAAGAAUUUGGAGAGUUUUAUACAGGAAUCUCCUCGCGUGGGGGUUCGCUGGUCGAUAAUCAGCAUGAAUGGGUUAUCAUACAAGGAUGCUGGCGAAUAUCGCUGCCAGGCACGGAACAUGGCAGGAAUAUCUGAAGCCCCAAUUAAACUGAAGGUGGUGGGAAUCACAAGAAUAUCCCGUCUUCCAAAGAAGUCCCAAAAGACUCCACCCAAAUCAUCAACAAAAUACAGGAAGCCAAACCAGACUACAGCUACUACCAACACCCCAUCAGUGAAGGAGAACACACCACCUAACAAGACCCAGACUGCUCCUAAUCUUGUGUCUAAAGUGUUCCCUGUAGACAAAAGGAGCAAAAUGAACUAACUUGAUGCAAAGAAAAAGACCCAGACAUCCAUCAAGUCUACACCUGCCCCAAAAAACCCUAUAACUGCUCUGUUAUCAGAAACACUUGUAUGAGACACACUGAAGCUGGUCUGGACUAUAGGGUCAUUUACUUGGUUGACUUCAGCAAGGGGGAUGGGAUAGCAAAUAAAACUUAAUCGUUUGUGAACCUCUAGUUUUAGUGUUCCAGGAUUUUUCAGGUCAUUCAGUUUGUUGAUGAGUUAUCCUGUACGUUUAACUUGUUUGUAUAAAUAAAAUGUGUGACAUAGAAACUUGGAUGUAGCAUCUGUGAUCUAGUUUUUAGAAAGGAUGUUUUGAUGUUUGGGUUUACAACAGAGGUUUCCUACUGCCCUGUGCGUCAGAUCCAGCCCACAGGAUAAGGCCCCCACAUGUUUAGAACUUAUUGUUGUUAAUGUGAGCCACAUUUUCUUUUUUCAUUUUGGU